AUGCGCCACUUCCGGUAUUUUGCCGGGUUGACUGUGCGUGGUCCCUCUGGUCCUCUGGUUGCUCCUCUGGGAUCUUCAGUGGUGUUGUCCUGUUCUGUUGAUGAACUUUUAUCAGUGGAGGGUCUGGAGGUGGAGUGGAGAAGAACAGACUCAGAUACUUUAAUUCAUCUGUAUCAAGAUGGUGAGAGUCAAACAGAAGCCCAGCAGCAGGAUUAUCAGGAUAGAGCUCAUUUCUUUACUGAAGAGAUUCAACGUGGAAACUUCUCCCUCCGGCUGGACAACCUGAGAGCUGAAGAUGAGGGACGAUACACAUGCACAGCAUACAAUGACCAGGAUUCUGGAGCAACUGUGGUUCAAAUAAAAGAUGUUGUACGUUUGCUAGUAUCAGGAUCAGAUGAGUCCAUAUCAGCGUCUGUGGGUGAAGACGUCACUCUGAGCUGCUCUGUUUACUCUCACAUCCCUCCUGAACACAUUGAAGUUUCAUGGAAGAAAACAGAUAAAAAUAUUCAGGUUCUGCUCUUCCAAGACAACAAGACUUUACCGGAUUCAUCAGAUGAGCGAUACAGAGACAGAGUUGAGUUCUUCAGUGAUGAAACUCCCAAAGGAAACUUCUCUCUCAGACUGAAGAGCGUCAGAACUGAGGAUAAAGGAGUUUAUAUGUGUGAGGUGUUUGCUGGAGGACUUUCAGCCAAUACAACUGUAGUACUGGAGCAACUGGGAUUCAUUGUGAAACCUUCUCAUCACACAUCUGUUCCUCUGGGAUCUUCAGUGGUUUUGCCCUGUUAUAAUGAUAAACCCUCUAGAAUGGAGAGUCUGAAGGUGGAAUGGAGCAAAAAAGGCUUAAAGGAUCUGGUUCAUCUGUAUGAAGAUGGUGAGAGUCAAGCAGACAAACAGCAGCAGGAUUAUCAGCAUAGAGCUCAUUUCUUUACUGAGCACCUUAAAGAUGGAAACUUCUCCCUCCGUCUGGACGAUCUGAGAGCUGAAGAUGAGGGACAAUACACAUGUACAGUUCGCAGUACAGUACACAGACCAUUUUCAACCGAGAUAAAUUUGGUUCUGAAACUACUAGACACAGUCUUCCGUCUUCAGAUGUUUCUCGUCUUCUGUCCAAAUGCUCUGAUGUUUUUAGCUUUUGUCCUCUGGGGUGUUUCUGAAGGAUCUCUGAGUGAGUCGGUCUGUUGUUGUGCUCUUUAUUUUCUGAGACCUCUCUUGUUGCUCUGGGCAGCUCCAUAUAUUUUUCAUUUCACAGGCAAAAUUAAAACAUGGAUUCUGAAAUACAGUUAUGUGGCAGAAUAUGCUGUUCUUUCACCUCUUGUUUAUUCAGCUCUUUUCACAAGUGCUUGGCAAAAGCUUCUGAAUUAUGAUGCAUUUGACAGAGCUGUGAUGAUAGUCCUGUUUGUGAUAGUGUUUGUGUGCUGCCUCUGCAAAAUCACUUACAUUUUAGUUACAGAGGUUGGAAAGAAAAGUGGCCGGAUAGUUCAAAUCUUUGAUCUUGUGGCUGAUAUGACCUUUGAAAUCCUGCCAACUCUACAGUUCAUCCUCCUCUUCUACACGUUCGGAGCCGGUGAAGCAGGACUCAUCAUGAUUGUUAUUUUGCCAGUGUUAAUGAUGAUGACAAAUGAGAGAUGGCUUUAUAAAUGCUAUGCCAGAGAUGGACUUGACUUUUCACUUUCAGUCGUGAAGACUGUGAUGUUAAUCUUCAUAUUAGUGACUAAUGCAGUGAUGAUCGGCCUUUACAUAUUCACUCUGGACAAUCAAACAGAUCCGAUCGGAUGGGGCUGUGUGAUGCUGUUUCUGCAGAUACUCUGGACGCUUAUGUACUUCACAGAUGCUGUUUACUACAGUUUUCUCAAGUUGUCUCAAGAUUUUCAUCGUUAUGUUUCUGUGUAUGUGUUUGGAUCAGUCGCUGUAGUUUUACUGAACUCUGCUGCAUUAAUAACAGAACUGAUCCUAAAAACAGUGAAUGGUGAUCGUCUGAUGGCAGAUCUGAGAUUCAUUGUGUUUCCUUCUGAAUGUUUAUUUGUCGUAUCUCUGCUGAUUUCUGGAUUCUCAGGAUCCAAGAUCGCUGACUGUCUGAAGUCGUGUCAGAACAAAGUGAGAUCUGUACGAGUCAGAAGAUCACCGAAGAACCAGAGCACAGGAGAAACACAAGAGAUGAAUCCUCUGAAGACUGGAGAUCAGGAGCACAAUCAGCCGGAUUCAGUGCGGUCUCAAACAUGAGAGAGAGAUUAUUACUGAGUGAUCUGGAGCACAAUCUUCUGCAAAGCUGCUCGAGACAACAGAUGGAUUCAGAAGAACAAUAAUAACACACUGAUGUUUGAUCAGAAGCUCAUGUGUUUCUACACUGAUCCGCUGAGUUCAGUCUAAUGACGUUAUUCACUGCUAAUAUCAGUGUUUUUGCACUGAGUUUCAGCUCUGUAUUUUGUAUGUGUGUUUUUUUUGUAAAUAGCUGUAAAUAUAUGCAGGGUGUGUUUUAGUGUGUCAGCACUUUUACUUUGUAUAUAUGUGAUGCUGAUUUGUGAUUUAAAACUAAACCUACACUGUAAAAAAAAAAUCUGUAAAAAGUGGAGAAUGUAUUAGCAGAAAA